UAACAACCUUUCCUGAUCCUGAUAUGUCCUUUGCAGAGUGGUUCUUUAGCCUCAAGGAUCAAAUGCCGGAUGAGCAGAUUGCCCGCCUUGUCUACUGUUUAUGGAGUAUUUGGAAGGCUCGAAAUGGUUUCAUCUUUGAAAGCAGGGCUAUUUCCCCACCCAACACGACAACUUUAGCUAAUCGUGAGUUCAUGAACAUCAACAAAGCUAGAGAGACAACCUCACUGUCCUCAAACCUGAGAUCAGCUAGUUGUCCUUCUCAGCCUAGGGGAUCCUGUCGAAACCCCUCACCACCGCCUGGCCCUUUUGAACAAAUUGUGCACUGUGACGACUCCUUUGUUUCGGAGUCUCAAUUGGCGGCUUGUGGGAUUACCAUUGAUGAUGCCCACGGUCAGGUGAUUGACGACAAGGCUGAGAGAUUCUAUUGUUUCUACCCGAUUCAGGCAGAAGCAUUUGCUAUUCUGGGUGCUGUGGUGUUGGCGGCCCAAGAAUCCUGUCCGACGUGUAUCAAAAGCGACUGCCAACGUUAGAUUGUGGCUCUUAAUCAAGACCCAUGCGAUUGGCCUUGGCAAUGUCGUGCGACCCUGGCCCAGAUUGUGUCUCUUCUUCAGGGGGCUCCUUGGAUCAAGUUGUCCUUCAUUCCUCGGCGAUUGAAUUCUCUUGCGGAUUGGGUCGCUGGGAAUGCUCGACUUGAUCUCUUACCAUAGGAUUGGAUUGUCAUUGCAAAUUUCGCCCCUGUUGUAAACGUUUGUUUCUGCUGGUCUGGUUAGGUAUAAUAGAAGAUGUUUCAUUAU